CUAUUUUCACACUUAGGGCCUACGAAGUUUCUAAACAGGCCAGAAUAUGAAGCUUUUCGUUUUUUCUCUGCUUGUUGGCUUGGCUGUUGCAUUUCCAUACAACGGUUUCUGCAACGAUAAAAGAGGCGUCGAUAACGAUGUUAGAUCCGAACUUGAACAUCUUUUGAAAAGGAUCGACGAUGCCCUUGAACACGGAAAAACAAUUGAACCAGAUGAACUGGAUAAAUUGCUACACCUCCUACAAAAAGUGAAAGAUGAUCAUGUUGAGAUGACGGAUAAAUCCAAACAGAUUAUAGAAAAGUAUAGAAAAAUACUUAAAGAGUUCUUCAGAAGAUUAAUAGGUCUUCACGGAAGUAAUGUACACAGCGAAAAGAGAUCCGCCGAGAGCUUUCUGGACAGUCUUAUCGACGUUUUGAAUAAAGUUCGUCUCACCCCCGGAGAAAAAAUCGAUUCGUUCGUUGAAUUUCUAAAGGAGACUUACGAUGGCGGCAAAGAAGUUUUGAAAGACAAAGCCACUUUCAUCAGAGAUCUCGCUCGUCACUUCUUGGAACGUGCCGAACAUUCCGGCAAAGAUGUAGCCGAAGAGGCCCUUAAAUUCUUCCGUCCGUACAAAGAAGAUUUAGGCAAACUGUACGAAGAAGUGGAAGAAAAGGUGAAGGAAAUCGUCAGGCAAUAAAUAUUAUAUUUUCUGUAUUCUUUCAUCAGUAAAUAAAUGAAACGGUUCAUUUUUAAAAUAUU